UUGAGGUCAUGUCGUUUUUAUUUAAUACACAGCUUUAAUGUUAGUGUGAAGAUGAAACGCUUUUUGCAUUUAAACACAAUCUGAGCACCUUUGGUGCAGAAUUCCUGAGUCAUGGUUACUGUGGAGAUGAGGCUUUUAUUGUGAAGGAUUAGUGCAGGAAGUGUUUCUGUUGUUGCAGCUUGCUGAAGCCUGCAAAGCGAAAGUGUUGGUGCUCAGCCAAUCGCGCUGUUAGGAGUGGCUCCGGCUCGGUUAUAUAGAGACUGAGAUGCUGAAGUGAUGUUGUCCUCAGAAGACAUCAAGAGCUAUGGAGCUGCUUCCUGUCGUGUGUCUCUGUCUCCUGACUCGGUGUGGAAUCACGUCUGCUGAUGGAAACGGGCCAGCUAUCGUCAAAGUGGAACAAGACAGCGAUGCUUUGUUACCCUGUUCCCUCAGCACCAAGGAGAACAUUGAGACUAAACAGUUUGACUGGAAGAAACCUGCUCAGAAAAAUGAAAAAAAGAAGGAGGUGUUCUAUUAUAUUGCAGGCGAACAUUACAACAACGGUCGUGAUGGUCAGAGUGAGGAGUUCAAAGGUCGAGUCUUUCAUUUUCAAGAAGAACUGAAACAUGGCAACGCCUCCAUCAUCAUCAGAAAUACAAAGAUGGCUGACAGUGGAGACUACACCUGUGUUUUUCCAGAUCUUCAGACACGUCAACCGUUCCACAUUAAGCUUAUUGUUGGUGCAGCUCCAAAACCAGCUGUCACCACACGAAAAACACAGCAUGGAGUGCUGCUGCAGUGUGAAGUUCAGGGCAGUCCACAGCCCACAGUAGAGUGGCAGGACAGUGCUGGAAACGUCCUUCCUGCUGGGGAGACACAGGUCUCAAGAAGAGGAGGUCGUACGUAUUUUACUGUAAACACCACUGUGACCCGGUCUGACGACUUCCGCUGUGUGGCCACACAGGAGACACUCAGCCAUCAGAUUUAUACUGAAAUUUAUGUGUCUGUCAACGGUGAGAUUUUUCCUGACCAUAUUCUCAUAUUCAGAUAA